AUGUACCUUACUCUGUGUGGCAGACGUGGUGGGGGACAAUGUCAGUUUCACUGUAAUGAAUAUGAUGAUGUGAGGUCAAGAUGGUUGAAACAGACAAUAGAAUCCUUCAUCCCAGAACCUUUGGUUAACUUGAUAAUGGUCUCUAAACUGGACGGUAGACAGAUUGGAGAUCUGAAGCCUGAAUUAUAUGAUAAGGUACUAGUUGAUGCUCCUUGUUCAAAUGACAGAAGUUGGCUAUUCUCUUCUGAUAUUCAGCAAGUGACACUUAGGCUAAUACAGAGGAAAUAGUUAUCAUCUCUGCAAUUCCAGCUGAUAAGGUCUGCUAUUAAAGCCUUGCGUCCUGGUGGAUUGUUGGUCUAUUCUACAUGCACGCUCUCAAAGGCAGAAAACAGUGAUGUAAUAAACCUCAUUCUGAACUCCUGCAGUAAUGUUAUGCCUAUAGAUAUAAGUCAAAUGGCCAAAGCUGUUUCUCAUGAAUUCAGUUUUCUCAGUGGUAUGCAACAGCAUGAAGUUCUGGUUCUCCCAGAGAAAGGGAGAGCAUGGGGUCCAAUGUACGUAGCUAAAUUAAGGAAAAUGUAGUCCAUCUGAUGCCUGUUAGUUUUUUAUAAGGGAUAUGUGAUAAAUGAACAUUGAUUUCUAAUGUAAUUUGUCUAUAUGAACAUGUCCAAGGCCACUGAAUUCAGAGCAUUGUUGUUUUGUACCAACUCAUGACUAAUAAAAGGAUAGCCAGACAGUUUAGCUAGAAAUGCUGAAUGUGUCUUCCAGUGUGGACCUGUGGGCCUUUGUGAAGUCCUUAUGAAGUCAACAGAGCUUUGUAUUAGUUUCAAGGUGCUGCUUUUAAAUGGAUUUGUGUUCAAGAACAGGAGCCUGAUGCGGUGGGGUUUUGCCCUGGGCUUUGUGUUUUGCAUUUGUGGUUUUUUAAUUACUUGAUUUUAAUACAUCAUGUUUUAAAAUAAAUGGUUUCAAUGGUCUGAA